UACCCUUGAGAAAUGGCAGAAGCAGUUUUCCGUGCCCCAAAGCGGAAAAGAAGAGUGUAUGAGAGUUAUGAAUCUCCACUGCCCAUCCCUUUUGGUCAGGACUGUGGGCCUAAGCAAGACUUCAAAGUGUUCACAGCAGAGAUGAUAAACAACAAUGUAAUUGUGAGGAACGCAGAAGAUAUGGAGCAGCUCUAUGGGAAAGGUUAUUUUGGAAAAGGUAUCCUGUCUAGAAGCCGUCCAAACUUCACAAUUUCAGAUCCUAAGCUCGUUGCUAAGUGGAAAGAUGUGAAGACACAAAUGCCUAUAAUCACAUCAAAGAAGUAUCGGCAGAGCGUAGAGUGGGCCGCAGAGCUCAUGCAAAGACAGGGGCAAGAGGGGAGUACAGUGCAGAGAAUCCUCCAGGAUUACACAAAGCCACUCGAGCAUCCUGGUAUAAAAAGGAAUAAAGAAGUUGAGUGGCAUGAUGAGCGGAACUCUGAAACGGUUUCCAAAAUGGAAGGUUCCGCAGAUAGAGAGGAACUUCCUAUGAUGAAUGGGGACGUGGGAAAGUCAGUUGACAGGGACGGUCCCAGCAAGCCAUCAGACCGCCUGCAGGAGGGCCCUGGGCCUGACCUGCUCGCUCCAGACGGCUUAGAUGAACCUGUGGUGGAGGUUCCCAGGCUGCAACACCACCCCCUGCCCCAAGUUCCUUGUGGCAAAGAAGACGUUCUCCUCCCCCUGCCUGACACUCAGCCUGGGGACAGGAGCCAGCAAGCGGGUCUCCUCUGCGCUAGAGAGAAGGGGCCUGGUGAUGAGUUCGUGCUGGUGGAGGAAGAUGUGUAUGAUGUGAAUGAGAAGGACUGUGCCCCAAGUGAAGAAUUGGCACCAAAAAAGAGAUUAGUAUGCAGAAGAAAUCCAUAUAGGAUCUUGGAGUAUUUGCAACUUAGCCUAGAAGAGGCCUUUUUCCUGGUCUAUGCUCUGGGAUGUCUGAGUAUUUACUAUGAGAAGGAGCCUUUAACAAUCCUGAAGCUCUGGAAAGCUUUCACUGUAGUUCAGCCCACAUUUAGGACUACGUACAUGGCAUACCAUUACUUCCGAAGCAAGGGCUGGGUGCCCAAAGUGGGACUUAAGUAUGGGACAGAUUUACUGUUGUAUCGAAAAGGCCCUCCAUUUUACCAUGCAAGUUACUCCGUCAUUAUUGAGUUAGUCGAUGACCAGUUUGAGGGCUCUCUUCGCAGACCUUUCAGUUGGAGGUCACUGGCUGCCUUGAGCAGAGUUUCGGUUAAUGUCUCCAAGGAACUGAUGCUAUGCUAUUUGAUUAAACCCUCUACCAUGACUGACAAAGAGAUGGAGUCCCCAGAAUGUAUGAAACGAAUUAAAGUUCAGGAGGUGAUUCUAAGCCGCUGGGUUUCUUCACGAGAGAGGAGUGACCAAGACGAACUUUAACAGUUCAACCUCAGUAUUCUGAUUUACCAACAAAUACUAUUGAGUGUCCUACAGUAAGCCAAGUUCAGUGGAGGUAAAGAGUCCUCUUAUUAUAACCGCCCAAUAAUUGAAAAGUUUUAAAGGGCAUAGCAGUCCCAGCACCAAAAAUCGGUUAGUAUUUUACAAGAUAAAAUUACACAGGGGAGAAAAAAGAGCUCUGUGCUGGCCUUC